AAUGAUGGUCGGAAAGUAACCUACAGAUUCUGCUAGAUUUUCUUGAUUAGUGAUAUCUUGGCUGGUUCCGGCCAAUUUAUUCCGGUGGGUCUGACGGUACCGAUAUUUUCUUCUUCAACUAGUCAUGAGCGAAGCAGAUCCAUCCGGCUACGCAGAGCCUUCAUCUCUUCUGUAUCGGUUAGAGUUCAUCCUUGAAUCGGAUCCUUUAAUUGAUGAAGUGGGGUUCGUUCAUCCAUCCCAGUUUGCUGCUCUAAGUGACAUGUCUGGCUCUCCUUCCCUCUCAUCAAUGUCAAUGGAGCCACAAUCAGAUAAGAGCAAGUUAAAAGCAUCACAAGUCAAUCCUACUGACAUGGCUUUCUGGAGUAGAGAUCACAAGCUUGGCAUUUCAACCCAGGCCAUCCAUCCAUUAUAUAAUGCUGCUAAACAUGCAUUUUGUUCUUCACUAGAGCAAUAUAAAUUGUUGAUCCAUUUAAAUCCAAAGAAAGUUGGAUUGGACAGUGAUAAUGUCUCAAACGUUUCUUCCCUAGCGACUCUUGAAUGCGAAGUGAUGAAGCAUAGCAGGGCACUUUUGCUGUUGAGUUGUGAUUUUGGAACUGCAUGGAAUUGCAGGAAGGAAGUUGUCUCAAAGAAGCAGAACAUGAUGCUAUACCUCGAUGAGCUCCUAGUUUCAACUUUGGUUCUUUCAUAUUCACCCAAAAGCGAGCGAGCUUGGAGCCAUAGGCGAUGGGUGGUCAAGAUGAUAGCUGGGAAGUGUAAAAAUCUGCAAGAGAUCUUGAAAAAUGAAUCUGAAUUAGCCCAAAGAAUAGCAGAGAAGUCAAAGAUGAACUACCGUGCAUGGAAUUAUCGUUGUUGGUUAGUUUCUUACAUGCCCGAAAAUCAGGUCAUUAAUGAGUUAAUUAAAUAUCGAGAUUGGGCUGGAUUGCAUGUUGCUGAUAAUUCUUGCUUUCACUAUCGAACGCGGUUACUGACCAGGACAUUAGCGGAUUCAUUUUAUAAACAAGAUUUAAAAGCAAGCCAUGUACAUACUACUGCUGAAGUUUGUCAACUUUGGAAGGAAGAACUUAGCUGGAGCGAGAUAUUAAUCAAGCGUUACAUAGGAAGAGAGGCCCUAUGGCUUUAUCGUCGUUUUCUAGCCCUGUGCUGGAUAAAGCAUUUUGCAGCUCGUAUGGGUGGGACCCAUGUGGAAUCAUUUGUGGAUAACGAAUUACAACUCUUUCGGUCCUGUACAACUGUUCCAGAUAAUGUUUUCGAGGACUAUCAAUCACAAGCAGCGUUUGCUGCUACUUAUAUACUAUGGUUGAUCAAGCAAAUGGAUGAACCUCAAAGUGUGGAGACUGGAGAAAAGGUAGGAGAAGAACUGGAAAAGGUGCUGAAUAAGGUAUGUCCUGAGAAGGCUUUCCUUUGGGAUCUUGUGAGGAAGAAAAAUGGAGGCCUGAUAUAAAGCAUCAACGAUUUCUAUGUCGUUGAUGUACGCCUUUUGACUCAUACGGUUCAAACGAAAAACUAUAACUGAAAUCCUUUUUAUCUGGCGUUAACUUGGAACCACAUGCACCUAAAGCACCAUUUAUUGCGUGUACUAUAAUACAUUAUCUUACAAUUCCAUUUUGA